GCUGUUGGUCGCGAGGUGCCGCCGCCGCGAGCAGCGGCGGCGGCCAACGGCCGACGUCACGACGGUGGCGGACACCCGUUCCCUACCGCGGCGGGCGCGCCGCCGCCGGCGGCGGCGGCGGCGGCUGAGGAGGAGAUGGUCCUUGACCUGACGGAGGGCGAGCCGGCGGCGGUUGGAGGGCCGACGAGUGUGGCGGAGGGGCAAGAGGCCGAGCUCCAGAAGAUCUUGGCUGACUACCCGUUCCGGUACCCGUACCCUGCCGGCCUCCCGCCGCCGGCUGGAUGGAUGGUGUACGAGGGGAUCGUGUUCCCGUCGGAUGUUGACAUCGAGUCCAUGUGGCAGGAGGACCUGCAGCAGCAACCCAUGGUGACGGAUAUCGUGGUCUUCCGCAGGUUCUACCUGGUUAUCAAAGCCAAGGAGUACAUCAACAACCCCGACAACGGUCUGAGCCUCUCGGACGUGCCGCCGGCAGCGCUGAAGGACGCUGACGUCGCCGUCGCUGGCGGCGGCGGCGGCGCCAGGCAACGCCCGUACGGUCUGCCGUAUGCCGUGCCCGCCGCCGACGGCGUCGCACAGGAAGUCCCGGAGCCGCCGGCGGCGCCUGACGGCAGUGUUGCGAUCGGACCGGCCGACUCCCCCCUCGCAGGCUACAAUCCCAACCAGGGGCCCUUCGCUCCGGGGCCGACCCAUGGGCCGGUGCUGGGACAUGGGCCGCCCGGCCCGGCGGGCUUUCCGUACGGCGGCCCGCUGCCACCGGGCCCCAUUGGCCGGCCGCCCUUCCAGAUGCCGCCGCCGCCAAUGCCGGGCCUGGGCGCCUUCCCGCCAGGCAUGCCGCCACCGCCGUUCCGGCCCGGGAUGCCAUUCGGCAUGCCGCCGCCGCCAAUGCCGGGCGUGUCGCUCGGCAUGCCGCCAGUCGUCGCAGCCGCCGCGCAGCCGCCGCCGCCACUGGCGGCGGCGGCGGCGCCCCAUGCCGACGAGGAGGAGGAAGAAGACACGGACGACCUACUCGGUCUGCUGGGGGUGCAGUCGUCGCAGCCUGCAAGGCCCGCAGUGGCAGCGGUGCAAGUGCCGCCACCGCUGUACCCUCCGUACACAAUGGUACCGCCAGUAGCGUACGGUGGCUACACGCCACCGGUGCCGUACGGCGCGCCGCCGCCGCCGGCACACGACGAGCCGCCGUCGCCGCCGCCGCUACUUGACGUGUCGGCGGAGGUGGAGGAGCUGCCGCCGCCGCCAGCAGCGGAGCCGUUCGCACCGCCGGCGCCGUCUGCGGCCCCAGCUGCUCCGGCGACCAUGUCUUGGGCUCAGCGGGCUGCAGCUGGGAAGGCCAAGCCUGCUGCUCCGCCGUCACGGGCAGGCGUCCGCCCAUCCCACGACGAGGACGAGGACGAGGAGCGUGCCGUACAGGCCGCGCUGCACAACUCCAUGCGGGACAACAUGAGCGCCGCCUUCCCGCCGCUAGCGGGGCAUCCGCCGCCGCCGGCAGCGGCAGCGGCAGGCCGGGGGCCCGCUCCGGCGGAGCUGGGCACGGGCGCCUCCACACCCAUGGCGGGCACUGGGCUGGUGAACCGCGUGGGCGAGUACAACUGCUUCCUCAACGUCAUCAUUCAGUGCCUCUGGCACUGCGCCGCCUUCCGCAAGAAGAUGGCGCACCACGCGCCUGAGGCCUUCCAGCCGCAGCACCCCGUGGUGGCGGCGCUGCUGCGGCUGCUGCGCGCGCUGGACUCGGCGGAUGUGGCGCGCCGGCAGCAGCAGCUCAUGAAGCUGUCGGUGGCGGCGGAGGGGGCGCCGGUGGCGGCGGCGGAACGCCAAGUGGUGGACCCCUCCGAGCUGCGAGUGGCGCUAGACGAGCUGGGCGUGCGGGCGGGCGAGAUGAACGACGCGUCCGAGGUGCUGGGGGCGCUCUUCGACUGCCUCAACCGCGCCCCGGGACUGGCAGCUGGGGACCCCGGCAGCGGCGCCGCAGCAGCAGCCGGCCGGCAGCAGCAGCAGCAGCCGCUGUCGGUGGUGGACAGCACCUUUGGGCUGCUGGUUUCGGAGGAGGUUCGCUGCACGCGCACGGGUUGCGGGCGCAUCACGCACAUCGUACCGCAGCACGUGGAGUACUUUGUCAUUGUGACCGCCACCGGGUUGCGUGAGAUGCCGGCGGCAAUUGACAUGGGCGGCGGCGGCGGUGGUGACGUCAGCAUGGGUCGGAUCAUCCGGGAGAUCGAGCUGCAACACAUCAAGCGCUGCGACACGGACCCGCCGCACCACGGCUGCAACACGCCCAACACCGUCACUCGCACGCUGCACAAUGUGCCCUCCGUCUUCACGGUUCAACUGGCCUGGGAGCCGGAUGUGCCGGCGGAGGCCAUCGCCGGCACGCUCGCGCGUGUGGACACGGUUCUGGCGCCGCAGGAGAUUUUUGCCAACGGUAACUGCCCGCCCGAGCUGCCGCGCUACGCGCUUCACGGCAUGUUCUGCUACUACGGCCAGCACUACUUUGCGUUCAUCAACCGCGGGGAGGUGCAGCCGGAGGGCGCGCAGGAGUGGGUGAUGUUUGACGACGCGACGGUGGCGGCGGUGGGCAGCUGGUCGCAGGUGAUUGCCAAGUGCCGCGCGGGGCGGAUCCAGCCGUCGGUGCUGUUUUACCAGGAGUGGAGGUAGAGGGGCGGCGGGCGGAUGGGGGCGGAGGGAGGAGAGGGAGGGAGGGAGGGAGUUGCAGGCGUGUGGUGCAGGCGUGCAGUGUGGGAGGAGAUGAUGUGAGAAGGGAAGGCGGAAGAGAAGAGGCCACUGCACGGGGCGGUUUGAUUGGGCGUAGGGAAGACGGAGGAGGAGGCGCUGCUGCUGGUAGCACUGCGCAGUGCUGUGUGAUGAGUCGAGGCUGGAGAGAAAGGGGGGGGGGUAAAGAAAUAAAAUGGGGGGGGGGGGUAGGUAGCAGCAGCAGAAAAGGUUGCGUUGAAGAAAUGAAAGCUGGUGUGCAUGUCUCCGUGUGUCGCUGUGUGUUCAGUGGGGCAAUGCUGUGUGGGCACUGGGUACAUGAUGGGUGGGCAGUAGUACAAUUCGUACGGCAUGUCGACGCCUCUAGGUCACAGUCCGGGCCCAGAGCACGCAGCAGGUUGCAGGGGUCGUUCCCGUUAUUAGGAUAUCUGGCCGUGGGCCCCUGGUUUGUUAUAUCGCAGGGCUGCGUGUUGCGCACAUUUGCACCCGGAGUGUGAAUUGGGCGUAUGCGUCGUCAUGUGCGUGGUUGCGUGUUGUCUUUUAUACUUAGCGCAGGCAGGUUGGGAAGGGACACAAGAGCGCGCUUUCGUUGCGAGCAGCGGCGCGUGCCGUUAGCAGCAGCAGCAGCAGAGGGGAUGCCGCAUGGAAGAGCUGGGAAGAGUGCAGUUUAGAUGCAGCUUGAAAGCGUGUCUUUUGCUGAUUUGUGGAAUGCUUGCCGCUGACAAGUAUAGAUUGAAUGCGGCAGGAACGCAGGAUUGAACCGCUCCGUAGUGCAUUCGGGCGAGGAAAGGCGGUUGCAUAUGUGGCCGGUGCCUCCGCAUUGUUCCCCUCAUGGGCGCUAGGAGAGGAGUGGCGGUGGUGGCGGUGUCUUGGCAUGCGGAUACCUUGGGUUGUCCCGGGCCGAACCCAAGAUGAGCUGUAGACAAGUCGAGAGGCACCCGGAAGGCUACUUGCUUCCUGGCUUUGUAACUGGGCAUCAUUUG